AUGCGGGGUCUUGGGAUGGGCGGCUGCGGCUGGCCUCCCUUUGUGGACUGCUCCUCCCGGGAUGACGAGGAGGAAUAUUACGGGACGGAUCCUCGGCCUCGGAGCCUGGGCUUUGAGGAGAAGGACCCCAAACUGCAAGUGGGCCUGGAUGCCGUGUCGCUCACAAGCACUGCAAGCAGCCUGCGCUGUCGUAUCUGCUUCCAAGGCCCAGAGCAGGUACUGUCCCAUAUAGAUACAUACGCCUUCACGUUGUCCAGCUUUUCGCGCCACAACACAACACCGCUCAAUUGGACCAUUAGGCAAUAGCCCUACGCUGUCCAUGGUUCUGAGUGUUAGUGCGCAUGUAGGACUAUAGAAAACCUAUAUGGCUACAUUUUGACCAGUUUCGAUUUGUUGUGUUUACAAAUUGAUUUGGUUGAGAAAAUACUGACAAUUAUAAAUUUUCUUUGAGUACUCUAUAGCCUACAACAAUGUGGAUUAUAGCUUGACUGAUGUCAUGGUCCACGUGUGAACGUGAAUAAUAAUUGGCCCAGGCUUGUUUGUGGGCCUAUGAGCCAAGGAAUGUAUAGGCAUGCAGAACAAUGAACAGAUCUUUGGUCCUCAGCCAAAACUUGACACAACAGAUGUGCAGAACCUGUACAGCCUGGCUAAGCUUGUUAACCAUGGCCUUGAGAUAAUGAGAUAUGGUGUAAGUGCCACUGGAGCACAGAUGGAAAUCACCACUUAAUCACUUUGUAAGAUUUUAUGUUUGUCAUAGUGUUAUUACAGUAUACAGUAGGUGCUACUUCAUAGCAUCUGUAAACUCAAUGGGAGCUAUGCAGAAAUGAAAAACUAUGAAAAGGAACAGAAAUGUUGAUCAGUUACCUGGCUCUGACCAGUUGUUCCACAUGGUUUGGAUCUCAGGCUAGUUUACCGGGCCUUCAGUGAAUAGACUAUGAGGCAAAGGUAAACACACACAUUCAGAAUAUAUUUUAAUAGUAAUUUAAAAGCAGCAUCAAUCUUCUUUAGAUUGACAUGAUAUUAACUUCUCUUUCAGCACUGCUUCCCUGCACCACUUCAACUUAAUGAUUACUUAGAAGAUGAGCUAUUAUCUUAGACCCAGCCACUUUGUAAUUUAAUAGUUAUUUCAUUAUUCAAGUGGGUCACAACAGGGGACAGUCAUGUCCCUGUCAGUUGGGCAAUUACUUCUACAAAUAUAAUAACCUUGCUCUGUGGGACGCAUGAAAUAUGAUUCAUAAUUAAACAGCCUGUCAGAACCGUCAGGAGAGGAGGACUCCAUGGCAUGGCAAUGGCAUGUGCACCCAUGAUGGGUGCCAUGAUGGGUGGUCUGGGGUCUGAGGAGAUUUAAUAAUAAUAAUAAUAAUAAUAAUAAUAAUAAUAAUAAUAAUAUUAUAUGCCAUUUAGCAGACGCCUUUAUCCAAAGCGACAUACAUUUGCCCUUUCUAGUGAUUCUAUAUAUGUGUGCUCCAUCAUCAACCUUUCCACUAGACAUGGUCUAGCUUCAGAAUAGGCUGUGCCAGAGCCUCAUAUUUGGAAUGUUAGCCAAAUAUGAGGCUCUGGGCAGUGCCAGGCAGCAUUUGCUUCAGACUGGAUGUGUGCCUGGAUGGAUGGAUGUGUGGGUGGACACAUUGGAUUACUUUUAACUGGCUUGACAUUUUGCUGUACAACAAAUGUUUGUUUAUGUUUUUAUUCAUUUCCUCAUAUACUGCUGACCUUCUCUGUGUAAUCUUUAUAAAGUCAGCUCAGUCAUUGAUGUGACAUGUGGCUCCUCUCCCCCACUCAAAUCGGUAUGUUAUUAGUCAAUGAAAGUAUCUCGUAAUACCAAGGUUUAACAAGAAAACCUGGUGAAAAUAAAUGUUAAAAAUAGUGUAAUUGUAAUACCCCUGUCAAAAAACAUGCAACUAGUUAUUUAGGGAGAAAUACACAUGGGUUAAAUGAGUCACUCUCUACCAACUGAACCAAAAUGAGAACAUAUUUUCUCCAUUUGUGCUUAAAAAUAAUUUAAGCACAACUCCCUCCAGCCAAAGCUUACACCAAUCUAAUGGUUUUAAAUCCAUGACGGGAGUGUGCAAGUGGGAGAAGUCUCUGAAUGCAGCCUGAGUUCCAUCACAUCUAACUAGAUGGGAUGUUUGCUGUAGGUACUGCAAGCAAUGAAUAGGAAACUCCAUUCAGAGGAAUUACUAGGCUACUUUUUAACUUCAGCCCUUUUAGAUGUGUAUAAUUAGACACAUACAUAACUGUAAACAGAAUUCUACAAUGCUCAACAUUCUCUCUAUUCCUCAAGAGUCAAUCUGCUGAACGUUCUUCCCAUCCCACCCAUCCAGUUGAGAAGGGCAAUGUUUGCUGUAGGUGCUGCAGUAGGGCCUGUAUUGAUUGAGUUCACUGAGAGUCUGUCUCUACACCCAAAUGGCAACCCAUCCCCUAUAUAGUGCACUACUUUUGACACAAGCCCCAUGGGCCCUAGUCAAAAGUAGUGCAACCUAAAGGGAAUAGGUUGCCAUUUGGGACGUGUUUUGUGUGAACGGUAGGGGUUGAAUGGCUCACCUCCUGUUCACCUGCCUGCCCUUCAAAUCUCUGUGCAUCCCUGCCGAUGUUGCCGGGCCCUAAUUGGCUCGUUCUGGCCAAUAGGCCAGCAUCAAGCUGGGCACAUGCAUUGAUCUACUAAUGAUUCCUAGACAUGCAUCAUUUUAGCAUUGAGUAAUAUAGUAGCCUCGACAUUUAGCUACAGUACUGACGUUUUCACCACUUUUGAUUUUCCAUUUACUAAGGUGGAAAUUGUGGAAGAGAAGGAAGACACUAAUUAAUAAUGAAUAGGUCAUUCAUAGUUGCUUUCCGACAGUUUCAAAAUCUACAAUAAGUGGGAGGAUUGUGAUGUUGUGUUAAGGUACCCCACAACCUGUGUGGGCCCACCCAUUGUCUUUUUACUGAGUGUGCCAGACAGACAUACACCAAACCAGUAGCUUUGGAGAGACAUUGAGGGCUAUCUAUAAUCCAAUAUUGUUUCUUAUUCCAAAAUAUUUCCAAUUCAGAAAUAACCCAUAGUGUGUAAUGCCACAGAACAUUAACUUGAACGAGAACGUUUAUUCUAGUCAUUCUAAUUGUACGGUUGGACUCUUCUCUCUCCUGCAGGGAGAGCUGCUGAGCCCGUGUCGCUGUAAGGGCUCUGUGCGCUGCACCCACCAGCCCUGCCUCAUCCGCUGGAUCAGCGAGAGAGGCUCCUGGAGCUGUGAGCUCUGCUACUUCAAGUACCAUGUCCUGGCCAUCAGCACCAAGAACCCACUGCAGGUAUGUCUCGUCACUCCGUCCAACCCCUCAUCCCCUAGGACUUAUGCUCUGGCCAGAAUCAGACCCUAGCCCUUAGGUACUUCAUGCAAUACAAUACACUACUAGCUCCACCUUGCCCACUUUGGUGAUUUUCCUCAUAUUACUUAUACCUAUCCAAUCUUUUCUGAUUUACACAAGUGUCUAGGGAGUAGGGUUCUGUCUCAUUCACUCCAGUCAUAUGUGCAUUGUGUACUAGGUCUACUCUCAUCUUCCAAAUCAGUGAAGGUUCUUCUAUUAUCCACAGCACACAGAUCUUAUCUCACAGGCAGUUUUCUGCUGAUGCAUCAAUUUGAAACCAUGCACAAUACCGCUAUCAGAGUAUUAUGCAGUGCUCUGCUCUGGUGCACCAGUCUAGGCGUUACAGUUACUCACUUUGCUAGAACAAAUCUUGGGCACUCGCAAUGAUGAAAGUGUGAAAACUGGACUGCACCAUAUUGUGCUGACACAUUUUCCUGUUGCGUCACUAAAUCUGCACCAGAAAUGGCAUCCUAUUCUUUGGGUCAGAGCCCAUGAGGCCAAAAGUAGUGCACUAAAUAGUGAAUAGGGUACCAUUUUACUGUCUCUUUCUUAAUGUCCCUUUCUUGGCCCUCGUGUCUGUUCUGUUCAGUGGCAGGCCAUCUCCCUGACGGUGAUCGAGAAGGUUCAGAUAGCUGCCAUCAUCCUGGGCUCCCUGUUCCUCAUCGCCAGCAUCUCCUGGCUCAUCUGGUCGUCCCUCAGCCCCUCGGCCAAGUGGCAGCGCCAGGACCUGCUCUUCCAGAUCUGCUAUGGGAUGUACGGCUUCAUGGACAUCGUGUGCAUAGGUGAGGAUAAAUCACAGAAGAUACACACACACACACACAUACAUUAGCAUGCACACACACGUGUAGGCGCGCACACACACACACACACUGUGAAGCUUUGUAGAUUCUACCUGGUAAAAAUUGUGCAUUGCCAGACUCAAAACAGAUGGUGCUGCUUACGUAUCUGCACUGUGUGGUUAUGCCAAAUGUAGGUAGGUAAUCUGUUAGCACUAUAGUAAGUUGCUUUGUAUGAUAGAUUUUGAGUAUGAUAAAUACUCCAAGUAUUUCAUGCCUUAAAGAUCAUUUAAUAUCUUGCCUCUUCCUAUCUCUGUAAAAUCAUCUCUCUCUUCCUAGGCCUUAUAAUCCACGAGGGCUCAUCAGUAUACCGAAUAUUCAAGCGAUGGCAGGCCGUCAAUCAACAAUGGAAAGUAUUGAACUAUAUAAAAGCCAAUGACUUGGGGGACCCGUUGAGUAGCAGUAAGGGUGGGGGUCGGGGCUCACGGAGUAACCCCCAUGGCUUGGGUAGUGGCAGCAGCAGGAGACCGAGCCGGAGGUUCAGGACUAUUCUGGACCACCACUGUGGCUACACCAUCCUGCAUAUUCUGAGCCAGCUACGGCCACACAACCCACGCAUCGGCUCCUCGGCCAACCGGGAGGUGGUGAUGAGGGUGACAACGGUAUGAAACUGAGCGUGGAAGGGGUGGAAGGAAGGACUAAAGCAGGGUAUUGGGCUUUUUUUCGGUCUGGUCGGUUCUUUCAAGAUUCUGUCAACUCCAUUGAGGAACUUGAUUUCAGUACCCAGCCCAAGGAAGGACACGUACAGACAAGACAAUGUCUGGCCCUGCAGCCAAGCUACUAUGAUAUUGUAACAACCCUUGCCUUGGUAGGCUCAUUACGAUCCCUCCCAAGUGGGUUAAUCCUACUGGAGCAGCGGUUACGAGUUUGUCUAUGGGCUGGGAGACCCGGGUUCGAGACAAUGUGUUGGAUGUUUGGAAACGUCCUGAAACAGCAACAGACCGCACAUACUGAACUAUGAGGAUCUUUCCAGGAGUUUGUUAAAAAAGAGAUGCACAUGAUUUGUAAUAAUUGAAGAAUGGUUAUUAUAAUCUAUGUAAAACAUGCAAACUGUCCAACAGGCUUUAUAACAACGCAAUCCAAGGGGACAAUGGAUAUUUUUCGGUCCGAAUUCAGGAUGCACAAAGAAAUGCAUGUUUUGUCUUUUUUUCACCUGUGUUUUUUUUGGUACGGUUUCUUUUUUACUCAUUUCGAUUUUUAUAUGGGAGUAUGAUUUAAGGAGAUACCUGAAACUCCUUAUGCCACGGCAAGCAUUUUCAAUCAACUCUAAAUAAUAAUAAUAAUAAUAGUUCCGCAGUUCUGAAAUAUUGUUGUAGCUAAUGAUGAUUAGGCUACAGACAGGAGAACAAAGAAUACAUCAUAUUACAACAUAUAUCAAAGCUAUCAUAUGAAAACUGCCCUUAUUACUGUAAACAACCCAGGGAUCAAGGGAUAGUCUACAAAAUGAAAAUCAUUAAUUUAUUAAGAUUCAAAUGACUCCUAGUCCUAUCUUCUCUGCAAUAAAGACAUCUGUACAUUUCACGGUGAAUUUUGCAUGGGUAUAUCAUUUUUUAUGCUGCAUAAUUAUCACACAACAUUUAAGCACUUAUACAAAUUUGCUCUAUUCAGAAUGGUGCUUGUCAGAAUAAACACUUUUUAUUCAUCUGGUUUUAUUGCACCAAACUGUUUAUUUUUUAUUUUUUAUCUGACCAAUGGCAGUGUGUUAUUUCAGCUAAAACAGAGAUGACCGACUUGCUGCUGUGUGUUGAUGAUUCAGAUUUGAUAACAAGUAAACCAUUG